AUGCCUUCUGUUUAUUUGUCUAAUAUUUCCAACGCCUCAGUUGAAUUCAAGACAUACAGCGAAGAACUAGACUAUUCGGCGGAAGGAAAACCGGAGCCAAACAUUCGCUCACAGACAUUGGUUUACCGCUUUAAUAGCUCACAGUGGUGGAUAACAGUGACAUUUCAAGGUUAUGUUUACAGCCUGAUAUCGAAACGAGAACGUCGCAAUGAAUUUCGAACUUUUGCCAGUCUCAUAGACUACAACUCACUUCCUCUGCUUGAUGACACUAUCACAGAACUAAUUCUAGCCGAGGUUUCUGGAGGACAGAAUUCGAAAGUCAUUAUACAUGAAAGUGAAGCAUCUGCCAACAAUCCCUUUGUGAGGAUCGCUUCCAAAUUGGGAUGGACCAUUCGGGAAGAUCCUUCAAGGGUAGUUUAUCCAUUAUGCGAUGAAUUUCCCUCCUUUCGACUUAUCAACUUGAAUGAGCUUUCCGACAAGAAAGAGAUUGCAGAUGGAGUCUUCCAAGUCAUCAACAUCAACAACAAGACACCGUAUAUACUCAAAGUUGUGAACCGCCCCCUCUAUCAUCCUCAUGACACGGAGGUCAUACGCAAAGAACUAGAAAAUCUUGAGAUAUUUCGAAAUGUGCCAAAUAUUGUACAGGCUGCUGGUAUCGCGGUCUCUACAAACCCUUAUAUGACGUCAAGCAGAAGGGAUCAACCACUUGUUGUCAUGGGUAUUGUGCUGGAAUAUUACAGUGGUGGCUCUCUACAAAGAAUCCUGAGUGAACACCACCUGCUUGGAUUUCCCUGGGAACAGUGGGCUCUACAAAUUGCUACUGCAUUAUGCUGUUUCCACAAGGCUGGGAAAUCCCACAUGGAUAUUAAGCCUUCAAACGUUGUUCUUGAUGCAGAUGGAAACGCAGUGCUUAUUGACAUCAGUGGUAUUGGUGGAAUCACACAUGGAUGGCGUGCCCCGGAGAUCCGAGAUGAGAUAUUACCUAGUGAACUCCCGGUUGAGAUGCGUCAAUCACACGACACCUGGGCUUACGGAAAGCUUCUGUUGGAACUCGUUCUCCAUGCAGAAGACAACCCUGUUACAAAGAAAUUGAAGCAAAUUGCUGAUUGCUUAAUGAUAGAGAAGAUGAAUGAGCGCAUGACUAUCUCUGAGGCUAUCCCAAAACUGAAGCUUGCUGGUAGUGAUAAUAUUCAUGAUACAUGCGAGUAGGGACCGAUGCAGCUGGGGUGAUCAAGAUCCAGGGGAGGACAACACGCAGGAAAUAUCCGGAUCAGUAUUACAUUCUGUCUGUCCAAUUCCUGUCCAAAUAUAACAUCCAGACUCGCAAACAGAGCUAGCGUGAAUGGAACUCUAAACUAUUGUCUUGCAAGUCCUGGUUCUACUUUUUCACCUUUUUCCAAGCUAUCAUUUCAACAAUCCUGAUAUGGCAAAGGCGGUUUCUUUCUUGUACUAUGUACCUACUCUAAAAAGGUGGAAAUAUCAAUCCAACCUUCCUCGCCAGCUUUGUUUAUUUUAUGAACCCAUAAGUUA